UUUGGGUAAACGUCAUAGUUGACAGUCAUACAUAUACUAAAUGUUAUUGUAGUUUUUUUGAAUGGUUAUUUUAAUUAUUUUUUUACUAUAACUUAAUUAAUAAUAUAACACAUCUUGUUGAAAAAUAAAUAAAACGUAGCAUUUUUUACUAUCUUAUGAGUAUGGACGAAAUGACUUCCACUAAAAAGAAUGGACGUUCAAAAAAUCUACUUCUCUUUAAUUUAAGAAAACUUAGAAUAUCUUUGAAAUAUAGGCCAGAAAUAUUAAAAUUGAUCCUGACAAUGCGACAAUGUAUUCGAAAAAAGAACGAUAUUAUAAAAUCGUUAAAACAACAACUUAAAAGGACAAAGGACGAUAAUAUUAAAAUAACAUCAGAUGUAAAUGAAAUAAAAAAUUCAAAAGCUGACAAUCUAUGUGAUUGUGGCAAACAGCGCAGCUCGGUGCAAGGAGAAGUAUCUACUUCAGAUAUUAAAAAUGAGAUAGAAACAGCAUGGAGUACUCAAAGUAAUGGCGAUAAUGAAAAAAGUAUUGCAGAACAAGUAAAAGAAGCUGCACAAAGUGCUCUCCAAGAUACUGGUAUGGUGUACGUGGAAUCCGCUGGAAUGUACUAUGACUAUAAGACUGGUUAUUAUUAUAAUUCCGAACUGGGUCUCUAUUAUCAUACAGAUACAGGCUGUUACUACUAUUACUCAGAUGAAAAACAAACAUUUGUUUUUCAUUCAUAUCCUGACAAAAGCGUUGAGAAUAAAUCUUUGGUAGCACAUGAGAAGAAAAAAGCAAGAAAACAGAAAAAGGCUACUAAAACUGACGAUGUCGAAAACCUGACUAAACAAUUCACUCAGGAAAGAGAAGAAGGAAGCAAGCUAAAGCGCAGGAAAACAUGUAAAGAUUCAAAGAAAAAGAAAUUAAAAACCAAUCUAAAUAAUAAUAGUGAUGAAAAUAUUGUUCCAAUGGAAACAGAGGUUAAUGAGACAGAAAAGGAAAUUGAAGAAUUAGAAGAGGGAGAGUGCAGCGAUACUGCCAGUGAAGUGUCUGAUGAAGAUACAGAUGUUAGCACUUCCACUGCUAGCGACGAUGAAUCGGUAGCCAAGCACCAUCCGCCAUGUAUGCGUAUUAUAGUUAAGGAGACAAACUUACCAAAAGUUAAAGUGGGUACUUUGUAUCUUAUAACCAAGGACGGAGGUACUAUAGGCAGGGAAGGAGAGCAACACGCAAUUGUUAUUAGAGAUCAUAAUGUGUCCAGAAAUCACUUGGACAUUAAUUACGAUAUGGAUAAAAGAAUGUAUUUAGCCGUUGAUUUAGGAUCGAAGAACGGUACAAUUCUUAAUGGCAUUCGUAUGUCUGAAAGUCAAGAAAGAAGUACUCCUAUAGAGGUAGUUCAUGGUAGUACUAUACAGUUGGGAGAGACUAAGCUCCUGUGUCACAUUCACGCCGGUAACGAUACCUGUGGCCAUUGUGAGCCAGGCCUUAUAAUGGAAACUCAAGAAAAAGAAAAAGUGGCAUACACGCGUACAUGUAGCGUACAGAAACAGCAUCAGUUGGAGCUAGCGAGGUUGAAAAACAAAUACGCUCCCAAACAGCUGGCAAUAGAAGAGACAGCUUAUAACGACAGGGCUCAAGCGAGAAGAGAGAAAGUUGGUUCCUCACACCACUCGGAGAAGACGCAGAGCAGCGAUAUUAACACGUUUAUAGCAGCCGAGAACAAAGGUUUCAAGUUGUUAGAGAAAAUGGGCUGGUCGAAGGGCGAAGGACUCGGGAAGGACAGCCAAGGGGACAGGGAGCCGAUACCACUUAUCAGCAAUGAAGGUAAAGCGGGAUUGGGCGCUAGCAGUGAUAUUUCUGCUCCUGUCGUGUCCAAGACCCUCGGGCCUGCUACCCUCCGCCUGGCAGCGAGGACCAAGAUGCUCCACCCUCCUGCGAAGGCCUUUCAACAAACUAUGGAAGAAGAUUCCGAAUAA